CGAGACUAGCGGCAGAGAGGCUCGCACCGAGAUCGGGAACGGUGGACUCCAUUGCUAUCCCGAGUGCGUUUGUCGUCGGCCGUGUCCGUAUUGCGUGUCUGUCCGCGCUUUCGUGAACACAUCAAGUUCGAAGGAGAGACUGUGAACAGUAACACGUUGUGUCUAGUGCCUAAGCGAUACUCGAGAUCGUCGAGCUUCACCGAGAGACGUAGAACCUGAGCCAAAAUGGCUGAUCAACUCACAGAGGAGCAGAUUGCCGAAUUUAAGGAAGCAUUCUCACUAUUCGACAAAGAUGGAGAUGGUACCAUCACGACCAAAGAAUUGGGCACGGUGAUGCGGUCGCUAGGUCAAAAUCCUACAGAAGCUGAGCUUCAGGACAUGAUCAACGAAGUGGACGCAGACGGUAAUGGCACAAUCGAUUUCCCGGAGUUCUUGACCAUGAUGGCUCGCAAAAUGAAGGACACCGACAGCGAGGAGGAAAUUAGGGAGGCGUUCAGAGUAUUCGAUAAGGAUGGAAAUGGCUUCAUAUCUGCAGCGGAACUCAGACAUGUAAUGACAAAUCUUGGCGAGAAACUCACUGACGAGGAAGUAGAUGAAAUGAUUCGAGAGGCUGACAUUGAUGGCGACGGCCAAGUUAAUUACGAAGAAUUCGUCACAAUGAUGACAUCAAAGUGAAUGCAACCUGUGUAAUGGAAAAACUUACAACUCGGAGUGGUGUUGACGUAUUAAAAAUAAAUCAAGAAACAAAGAAAAAUAUAAUAUGUUAACGAAAUGCGAAUCGACCAGAAAGUGAACAAAACAAAAAAAAAAAACCAACAAAAUCUUGUAUCUGGACGCAAAGAUGUCUAUGAAACGCGAAUGAGUCAACGUCCAACACGCGUUAACCAUCAUUAACGAUAAGUAAUACAGGGCAAUUGUUUAAUUAAAGUUAUACCACUAAAAAAUCA